CCUAAACCAGUUCAAAAUUUAUAUUAUUAUUUAAUUUAAUUAAUAAAAAAUUAGAUAAAUUAGACUAAUUUGUGUGAUGACAAGACUUUUAUUUACUUCAUGCCCUUUAAUAUCUCGCGACGCUCAGGAUUCUUUUUUGAACCCUUUGUUUGCUCGAUUGGAUUCUAUUCGAUACGUCUCUCAGUAAAAAUAUUUUGUUCUGUCUUGCUUGACAAAUAAAUAUUUACAGACAAAAUGGCGCCCUCCGCAACAGAAACUACCACCAUAACAGAGACCGAAGAGACACUUCCCAAGCUCGUCGCCCCCCAAGCCGCGCCCAGGAAAUAUGACAUAAUCUACUUCAACCUGCUUACAUUCGGCUACGCGCAUCUCGCUACACUGUAUGGAAUGUAUCUAGCUUGUACCACCGCCACGUGGAAGACUUUGAUGUUCCAUCACGUAAUGUUCAUACUGGCGGCGGUGGGAAUAACGGCGGGCACGCACCGCCUGUGGUCGCACCGCGCGUACAAGGCCAAGAUGCCGCUGCAGAUCAUACUGAUGGUGUUGAACUCCUUCGCCUUCCAGAACUCCGCCAUCCAGUGGGUACGAGAUCACCGCAUGCACCACAGGUACAGCGAUACAGACGCCGAUCCACACAACGCGACGCGCGGCUUCUUCUACUCCCACAUGGGUUGGCUGCUGGUGCGGAAGCACCCCGAAAUGCUGCGUCGGGGCAAGUUCAUCGACAUGUCCGAUAUCUAUGCCAACCCGGUGCUAAGGUUCCAGAAGAAAUACGCGAUCCCCGUAUUCGGUACGCUCUGCUUCGCGCUCCCCACUCUAAUCCCCAUGUACUUCUUCGGAGAGACCCUCAACACCGCCUGGCACCUCACCAUCAUGCGCUACGUCUUCAACCUCCACAUGACAUUCCUGGUCAACAGCGCUGCUCAUCUUUGGGGCAACAAGCCAUACGACAAGAACAUGUUACCCGCUCAGAACCUCCCCGUCUCCUUCAUAGCGUUCGGCGAAGGUUUCCACAACUAUCACCAUGCGUUCCCAUGGGAUUACAAAACGGCGGAGCUCGGCAACAACUGGCUGAACUUCAGCACCAAGUUCAUUGACUUCUUCGCUUGGAUCGGCUGGGCGUACGACCUGAAGGAGGUGCCUCUAGAGGUAGCGCGAGCGAGGGCCGAGAGGACGGGCGACGGGAGCAACUUGUGGGGCUUUCGAGAUAAGACUGAGUGAAUCGGGUGAUGAUUGGCUAGUUGACAGUUGUUUAAAAUUCCCUUCAAUUGUUACCAGAGUUUUUCGUUAAAGCUACUGUCACACAUGCUCAUUUCAAGCGCAAAAUCAUGCUACUAUUGAGCAGUUGCUACUUAUUAGCAUGCGUAUCGCAACAUUGCUAAUAAUGCGCAUGCUUAUUUCGAGCUUGCUCAAUAAUCAACAGUCGUGCGAUUUAUGAGCGUGAUACUUGCUGCGCGGGUGGAAGGGGGCGUGGGUUUAGCGCGUCUGAACAGGUUUGCUUAUUGAGUAUGCUAGUCGACCAGCAUUGCUAUUCUGUAUUCUCUUCACCUUUAUCUCUCCCUGUCUAACACGACACUAUAGCCAGAGAGCGAUAGAUACAAAUUAGCAUGUGUAAUUGGAAUGUUUGCUUUGAGCAUGCUUAUUCAGGAGCAUACUUAUUGCUAGCAAAUGUAAACUGAUGAUAAGCAUGCUUGUAUGGAGCAUACUUAAUAGCACGUUUUUAGCAUGCUAUUUUAGAGCAAGUGUAACAGUACCUUUACUGUGAGGUCACGAUCACGUGACCACGUUUAACAAUGGCGCAGUUAGGAUUAAACGACGAUAUCAUAAUAUAUUAUAUAUCGAUAACGUCGUUUAAUCCUAAAUGCGCCAUAAACUUGUCUAUGGGUGCUAUUAAUAUAAACUUAUUGGUUGUAAUCUUUAUUAAACAAGCUAACUUUAAAAAAUAAAUAUUAUUGGUUUUGCAAAAUCACGUAUUUUUAAUUUGAAAUCAGAACGAGCGACUGUUUCCCGCCUAUCGCACAAAAUUCGUUAAAAUUUAUGUAUCAUACCAUUAUUACA